AUGUGUGACCAGCAGAAGCAGCCACAAUUCUUUCCAUCUUGUGUGAAAGGUUCGGGACUGGGGGCUGUGCAAAGUACCAAAGGUGCCUCGGUGAGAGUCCCAGCUCCAAGCCAGACCCAAAUCGUCUCUGUGACAGGCCCUGCUCCAGGCCUCGCUGCUCCAGGUCUCGCCGUAGGCCCUGCUCCAGCCUCCACUCAAACCUAUGUGAAGUACCAAGUUCCAUGCCAGCCUCAAACCUAUGUAAAGUGCCCAGCUCCUUGCCAGACUAAAACUUAUGUGAAAUGCCCAGUUCCGUGCCAGACAACCUAUGUGAAAUGCCCAGCUCCCUGCCAGACCUACGUGAAGUGCCCACCUCCAUGCCAGACAUAUGUGAAGUGCCCACCUCCAUGCCAGACUACGUAUGUGAAAUGCCCAGCUCCCUGCCAGACAUACGUGAAGUGUCCACCUCCAUGUCAGACGACCUACGUCAAAUGUCCAGCUCCCUGCCAGACCCAGACAUAUUAUGUUCAGUAUCCUUCUCCUUCCCAGAGCUCCUAUGUUCAAGCUUCUGCAGGUGGCUCAGCCGCCCAGUCCUGUGCCCCUGACCCAUGCUCGGCACCUUGUUCCACCAGCUACUGCUGCCUGGCUCCCCGGACCUUCGGGGUGAGUCCCCUGAGACGCUGGAUCCAGCGGCCCCAGAAUUGCAACACAGGAUCGUCUGGUUGCUGUGAGAGUACCGGGUGCUGCAGCUCCGGAGGCUGCAGUUUUGGGGGCUGUGGCUCCGGGUGUGGCAGCUCUGGGGGCUGUGGCUCCGGGUGCUGCUGUUUGGGAAUUAUCCCCAUGAGGUCCCGAGGUCCUGCGUGCUGUGACGAUGAGGACGACUGCUGUUGUUAAAACACAGGACAGCCCCGCUCCAGAAUUCACUGUCCUGCUAUGCUUUCUGGUACAUCCACCAGCCUCAGGCCCCUCUGUGAUUCCCACUGACGUAGAACCUCAUUGCUUCACCUCUGUGCUUUGCUUCUUUACCAAGGCAGCCUGCCAGAGUUA